AUGCAGAUACUGCCGGCCGGCUUUGAGCCUGCCGUGACGAGGCGGCGCACGACGCUAUUCCACACGACCGUGGGCUGGAUCUACAUUGCGUUGUCGGUGUUGUUUUCAUGCCUAUAUAUCAUCCAGCUCGACCCCGCGACGGUCAACGACAUGUGGUGGUCCAACUACACGAGCACGCAGCACCAGGCUCUGCUCGUCGACAUCUUCAAUACAAUCCUUUCCACACAGCCGGCAGGAACAUUCAAUCUGCUGUCUCCCCGAGCGACCAUCGCAAAGCAGUACCGCAGCUACUCCACCACUACUGGCAUCUACCCGACGUACCCUCGGCGCUUGGUCAUGACCGAGCUGACGUCCAUCACGUACGCUAUCAAGAACCUUCGAGUCCUGAGUCCCCAAGAAAGCGUAUGGAUUGGCACACAGUACUGCUGGGUCGACUUGGCGCGUCAGUUCGAAGUUGCUCUGACGGAACGGCGGCAAGCGCGGUGUAAUCGACUGUACCAGACCAACGGAGCCAUGUACAUGGAAGCCAUCCUGCGCAACAUCGUAUGGGAUGACUUCAUGUCGUAUUAUGGUCAGAGCGACGGCCCGUUUUCCGUGGCGAUCUUGCGUUGGCUGGAGCAAAUCCCCGAUGGCCAGCACUGGAUCGCAUCGACGUCUUCCGCUCGACAAACGACGACCAUUGACAACGAAGUCGCGUACUGGCAUGCCAACGCGAUCACAGACUUUACGCUGCAGUGGCAAAACGACUACAUCACGGGCAUCUCCGAGGUCUUCGCGAUUGAAAACGCGCUGGGGAUGCGGCAGGAAGUGAUCCUAAACAACAUCCCAACCGUCGAAUGCACGUGGACAUCGUUCAUCUUGUACUUUGCGCUCUUGAACGACUUGAAGGUCCAUCAGGUCGCCAAUCGAAGCCUCAUUCGAUCGGCCAACAAUUCAGUGAUGCAAGACCCCGUGUUCGAUGUUGAGUUUGAAGUUGUGGGCAUCUCCGACGAGAACCAAGGCAUCUUGCCAACCAUCCUGCUCCUCCGGACAUCGAUCGGGCCCUUCCUCUGCAUUGAUUCAUGGCUCGUGGCUGUGCCGACGUUGGCGCUUGAGCUCUAUCGACGAUUUCACGACCACUUUCAAACGUCGCUCGAGACGAACGCAGCACUCCAUCAAAUGGUGCAAGGCAUCCCUGCUUUGACCUUGAGCCCCACCCCGCCGUCGUGGAACGACCCGAACUUGUUGUUCAUCGGUGGCAAUCCCAUGUGUCUAUUGGGGUCACCGCAGCCGUUCGUCCAGCAAACGUUUGGGUUCUACGACAUUUGCGAGCGACAAAUGCCCCUCACUGUAGACUUCACUGCACCCUCUGCCCUGUUUGCCUGGACUGCCAUGCGUGGCGAUGUCGAUGCCGACGUUGUAUGUGAGCUCAUGGCCGAACCUCCAGACGUUUGUCAUCACGUUAUGGGCAACGUGCUCGCUGCCAGCCACCAUCUUGGCGCAAUGUACAACUCAUCUGCACCUGUUGAACCAGUCGUCGACGAAAUCCGUCGUGCGAAUCCUGGGAUCAUGCAGUUUUCGAUGGACGUCGACGGCGGCAACUGGACAAUGUUAUUCCAGCCGCUCGUGGACAACUCGUCCUUUGCUUUUGUCGGUUGGAACUACGUUUAUGACUGGAUCGAAGGCAAGCGAGAGGUUGUGCGCUUUGAAGGCGACGCAGGGACGAUGGCACUCGUGUCGAUGCCGGAGACGCUUGUGCUCUUUUCGAGCUCGACGACAUAUGCGACCGAUGCGACGCGCACGAUCUUCUACAUGGUCGUGUACACGACGUUCCUGAUUGUAGUCCUUGGACUCUGGACCAUCCUAAAGUCGGUGCCGACAGCCAAGUCCGCGUCGAAAUUUUCCAACUUCAUGUGGUUCAACCAAGUCGUGGGGUCCGUUUGGAUCGGCCGGCCAUUGCUCGCCUUACGAGGGUGUACUGCUGUCCUGCUGCUGAGCUCGACGCAGCUUGAACUGUGGAGCGCGUUUGCGGAUCGGUCGCGUUUCGUGAUGGUGCCGCGGUCGUGGUUUACUGUGGUCGUGAUUGCAGGCGAAGCCACGUGGAUGUCGUAUGUUGCGACAGACAUCCUCACGAUCGCGACCCGCCGAUUCACGCGGGUGUUUGCUCCGUUGAGCUAUGCAACGUCGUGGCUAGCGCUCGCUGCACUGGAAUAUUACGCCCCUGUGCAACCCGUCGCCAUCCUCGAUCGGUCUUGCACAGCCCAGGACUUGGACCAGACGCUCAAGUGCUUGAGCGGUGUCAUCCACGUCGGGUCUCUCACGCGUGUUUGGAUGAUCAUGGUCAUUCAAGUCGUGUGCAUGUGUGGUGCAAGUGUCGCAGGACGGAUAUACCAGUCGUAUCGUGGCCGGCCCGAGGUUCGGGUCGGGUUUGAACGGCAUAUGAUGGGGGUGGCCGACAACUUUUACUCGCUCGACAACUCCCGGACGUCCAAGGAGUGCUUUUCGUCCCAUGAUGCUGCGUCGUGGCUCAUGGUGGGUCUGGUGCAAUUACCGUUUUCCAAGAACAUUUUCCUUGACGUCAAACUUUGGCUGCUCAACAAACGGAUGCCAACAGGCACGAUUCGAGUCUUGACGUCGCUCCCUACCAUAAAACUAAGCCACGACGACCAGCCGUGGUAUGCCAACUGUGUUCCCGCGUUUCUCCGACGCCAUGAACGGCGGAUAUUUGGUGCGCUCGGAGUCGUCAACGCCAUUUGCAGCAUCCUCGGGAGUAUUUCGUACCUCCAAGUGUCCGCAGUCAACCUGGCCAACGACCUGCUGUGGGCUACAUUCAACAUGACUGGAGCCCACGCGUUCACUGCGAAUUGGCUCAACGAGCAACUCGUGCUUGGCCUUCAAUACAGCCAGUCGAUGGCGUCGAAUGGCGCGGUGUUUUUGGAAUCCGUCCUCCGCAACGUGGACUUUGCCGCGUUUCAGCGUUGCUGGGGCGCCGCGUUUGACGUGGCCAUCGCAAACGAGCUCCGCCAAUCGACGGACGGUCGAAAUUGGUUGUCCAUGGUGUCGUCGACAGGCAAACCGAGCGUCGCGGUCGAACGCGACUACUGGCAAGCCCAUGGCGUGCGGCACUUUACAACGCAGUGGCAAAACUUCAAAACCAUCGGGCUCGUCAACGAGUACUCGGUCAGCAACGUGUACGGCAUUGCGUACCCGUUGAGCUUGGAGACGUCGUUUUCCGCAUUUCGUCUGGACCGAGAGUCCACGUUAAAGUUCUACUGGGCGCUUGCCAACGAUUUCGCGGCAGUGGCCCCGUUCAACGCGAGCGACGUGGCUGGGGCGAGCCUUGUCCGGUCCAGCGCAACGUUUGCCUACGCAAACACGUCGAUCGAAUCGCAGCUAUCCCUGCGGGGGACGCUAGCCACCCCAUUGCCUGCAUCGUUUGGCAUCGUCCAAUCCCUCCUGGGUCCUUUCGGGUCGGUUGACAUGUACCAUGUGCCUUGUCCGCGCGAACUCAAGCAUGUUGUCCGCCACAUCGUGUCGGCGUUGCGGCAAAGUUUUACACGAAACAUUCGAGCUCAACAGCGCUACUUUGACAUUCUGGACGGCAUGUUUCUGCUACAACCUGCCCCCAAAUCAUGGCUCGAUUUGAAUUUUUACUCGGUCGGGGGAAGUAUUCUUUGCCCCGAAGGUGGCGCGAAAUCCAUCGACAGCGGCAUCCAAGCGUUGACGUCGCUCACAAAGCAGUGCUACUUCCUUCCGAUUGCAGCCUCGCUUCCGUUUGUGCGGAAGGUUAGCGUCGCUGCCACCGUGUUGUCCGAAAUGCUGACAGCGACCAACGACACGAUUGACGCGACGUGUGGCGUGGUGCAGCUCGACCCGGCGUGCGUUCAGCUGGUCAGCACGAGCAUCUCGUUUGUAAACACGUACAUGAUCCCGCACCUUGGAUCGGACGUCGCCAACAUGACAGCGACUGCGCGAGCCAUGAUUCUCGAUCUCAACAUCGAGUUGUACCAAUAUGGAACGUUAGAUGUCGACACCGAAGUCCAGCUCCACCGCGCUCCGUUGCUCGCCCCGUCGCCCGACGAGUUUGCCUUCUUUUCGUGGAUAUUCCUCGUGGAUUGGGCUCUCGGGCUCCGAGAAGUCGUGACGUUUGCAGGGGACGUGGCCAACAUCACGCUCAUCACCGAAAACGAGCUGCCGCAAAAACAGCAAGUCAACCGCGCGCAAUUUCCCGUCAACUUUGCUGUGUACCUCCGCAGUGCCGUGUGGUACAUCACGUCCACGUUUCUCUUCAUCGCGGUGCUGCUGCUCGUGUACGUUGUGUUGUGCCGAGGCCACGUCGAAGUGUUGAACUUGUACAAGUUGCAGCGCGUCGGGGCGAUCGUGUGGGUAGGUCGGCCGUUCUUGUUUCUCCGAAGCGUCACUGCCCUCGGCUUGCUUUCGACGGCCACCCUCGAACUGCGCUACUCGGGGUUUGUCACGUACUUUGAAUCGAUGCAGCUGUCGCUGGUGAAAACGUUCCUGGCAGCCAACGAGAUCACGUGGCUCGCAGCGGUCGUAAACGACGUGGCGCUGGUCCUGACCCACGAGUACACGUCGUACUAUUCGACCGUCAACAGCUUUCUUGUGUGGGCCAUCAUGGCGAGCAUUUCGGUCGCGUUUCCGAUGACGCACUCGAUGGUGAUCGACAAGCAGUGCCGCCUCGCCCAAGUGGACUUUCAAGUCGUGUGUACGAGCGGCAACCUCGCCAUCGGCCAGCCGAUGCGGUUUGCUGUGUUGGUGGCGAUCGUGCUAAUCUCGAAUGUCCUCUGCUACACAGUCACCCGGCAACUCUUUGAGAAACCCGUCAAGACGCAGCUCAAGUCAGUCUUCCUCUACGCCGGCGCCAAGUACAUGUUUUCAACCGACGACUGGAUCUACGACGACAUGUAUUACAUGGAUCGCAUCUUUGGUGCACGUUCCAAGUCGAUCUGUCCAGGAUAG